AUGGCUACUACGAUACCCAGACCGUACAGGCGCAUCCUGACCUCUGCCUUGCACCGGAGAUUCGUCCAUGCUUCGGCUCUUUCGCUGCUAGUGAACUACGUGGUCGCAUUCGCUAUUGGAACAAAAACAUCAUUCCUUUGGUCAUGGUUCCCACUAGGAGCAUGCGGUCUCCGUACCGUCCUUCUUUUCAUUGCGAGCUUAGGCGUCUUUUUCAUUCGAGUUGCUCAGAUGCACGCCGGACCCCGAACCACAGUCUCGCCAGUCGCAACGUUUCGCCACAUUUUCCCGCUUGAUAUCGUCCAGACGUUUGCGUGGUACAUGUUCUCUGCUUGGUGGUUCAGCGAAGUGUACUUGUGGUCAGUGCCCACUGAGGCUGAUCUGGGAUGGGUAAAACUUGACCGACUCACUGACCGGACGACUCUCAACGAACGAUCGAUUUAUUUACAUACCUAUCAUAUGACUCUGGCGGUGGUGCAGGCUGCGUUCCAUCUGUAUUGCGACUACGACCGCCUCACCAUUCCUGUUACCAAGCGCACUCCAGGGUCGAAAGAUAAGCGCACACAUGUCGUGGACCCAGUUCUGAAGAGAAUCAAUGGUGCGCUUGUUCAUUGUGCCGUUGACGCCUUUAAAAAGGCCGCAGCUGUCACUGCAGCCAGCCCUUUUAUCUACGUUCUAUUUCUGAGGCGCCCUGCGUGGAACUUUUCUCUUUUCUUCGCAAAGCUAUUCUGGAAUUUUUCUCGAGCAGCUGCCGAACCACAAAACAAGAUGCCUCCGGAAUUUUAUAACCUAUUCUACCGACAAAUCAUCUCUGGUGUUGGUCUUGUGUUUUUGUGGCAAACGGCCAAUCUGUUUUUCACGGUUUUCAUCACCCAAGAACCGUUGAAACGAGGACAGCCACUUACCACAGACGCCAAAGAUCCAACCGGAAGCUUGAUAAACGGGUUGAAGGCAAAGAAAGAAUUUGUCAAGAGCUACGCUUUCUGGGAACUGUGCUUUAUUAGCCAGCAAUUUUCAGAUCGACGCAAGGCAAUCUUUGGUGACAUUGACCGCGAGGGAGGGUCGGCUUGGAAGCAAGUGCUAGAGGCUUGCAUUGAACAUGUCAGCAGCGUGACUGGCCGGAUCAACAAUUAUAAAAACCCACCAUCUACCAUUACGGCAGCUCCUCCUCCUUUGAAGAAGGAGGCAAAUGUGUCUUACCCUCAGCUUCAAACACUACCCCAUCUAACAGAAGCCCCCAAGCAAGAAGACAUCUUUGCGCCAUCGCCAAAGGCAAACGGCUUCGGAGACAGCUUUGGAGCAAGAGCCAGGUCAUACGGCCACUCUCCUGAUUGGACGCCUGCUGCAACGGCCAAGGCGCGAGAAGCCCUUGGCCAGGCAUCGAAUAUGCUCCUCAGCCCCGAGAGGAAAAAGGCAUUAUUAUCCCUUGGAGGUUCUGAUGAAGAACAAAAACUCCUUCCCGCACCACCACCACCGCCAACACCAGCUCGGUCUCAAUCUUCAUUCAACAUAUCCUCAAUCCCCUUUGUCGCUCAAUUCCUUCGUUCCCCCAUAGGCAAGCCCUUUCGACAGACAUAUGCCCAACGCCUGUGCAGUAUUGUCUUUGGUACCCCUUACGGCCAACUAUCCUCGAUCGUCGACGCCAUCGAAUCCAUCGCCCAGUUGCUGAUUGCUAGCUUAACGGAAGAUUCCUUUGGCCAGGUCCAGACAGAUAUCCCGCGCGUCAUCAACCUAUUCACAAACACAAUCACCACCUUGGAAUCUUUCAUUUCUGAUGAUGCCGCCAAUGGUGGUCUCGAUAUCCACUGGUCCGACGUCACUUUCCCGCCAUCGAACAAACCCGAAGCCCAGGCAAAGGCACGCCGGGAUGUCGUUGAUGUUGAUAUUGUGCUAAGCACGCUCAAAUCCUCUCUCGCAGAGUUACUUGCCGCUUUUGAGAGGUAUCAGCGUGAAGUCGGUUUGCAGAGCAAGGAUAUCAGACUCGCCAAGGCGGCAGUCGGUUUACAGGAAGGAGAUGGGAACGAAUAA